AUAUAAAUAUAUAUAUAUAUAUAUUUAUAUAUAUUCAUAUAAAAAAGAAAAAAAGAAAAAACCCAAAUUCACGCACAAACUCACCGCAGGUUUGUUUUGUUUUCCGGAGCUGACAAAGUACAGAAGCCAGAGGAGACAUGGCCACGACAACCUGCACAAGAUUCACAGACGAGUACCAGCUGUACGAGGAGCUGGGGAAGGGAGCCUUUUCAGUGGUGCGCAGAUGUGUGAAGCUGUGUACAGGACAGGAGAAUGCCGCCAAAAUAAUCAACACCAAAAAGUUAUCUGCGAGAGAUCACCAGAAGCUGGAGAGAGAAGCUCGGAUCUGUCGCCUGUUGAAACACUCAAACAUCGUUCGUCUUCAUGACAGUAUAUCAGAGGAGGGCUUCCACUACCUCCUGUUUGACUUGGUGACCGGAGGUGAACUGUUUGAGGACAUCGUAGCCAGAGAGUAUUACAGCGAGGCCGACGCCAGUCAUUGCAUCCAGCAGAUCCUGGAGGCGGUGCUUCACUGCCAUCAAAUGGGCGUGGUGCACCGGGACCUGAAGCCAGAGAACCUGCUCCUAGCAAGCAAAUGUAAGAAUGCCGCAGUGAAGCUGGCCGACUUUGGCCUGGCCAUUGAGGUGCAGGGGGAUCAGCAGGCCUGGUUCGGAUUCGCUGGCACACCAGGGUACCUGUCCCCUGAGGUAUUGAGGAAGGAGGCAUAUGGCAAACCUGUGGACAUCUGGGCCUGUGGGGUGAUCCUCUACAUCCUGCUGGUGGGUUACCCUCCUUUCUGGGACGAGGACCAGCACAAGCUGUACCAGCAGAUCAAGGCCGGGGCUUACGAUUUCCCUUCCCCAGAGUGGGACACAGUCACCCCAGAGGCCAAAAACCUGAUCAACCAGAUGCUCACCAUCAACCCAGCCAAGAGGAUCACUGCCCAGGAGGCCCUCAAGCACCCAUGGGUCUGCCAACGGUCCACAGUGGCGUCUAUGAUGCACAGACAGGAGACCGUGGAGUGCCUGAAGAAAUUCAAUGCCAGGAGGAAACUCAAGGGGGCCAUUCUUACCACCAUGCUGGUUUCUCGAAAUUUCUCUGCUAAGACCUUGCUCAACAAAAAGGCAGAUGUCAAGCCCCAGACAAACAGCAUCAAAAACAGCAUAGUCACCAGCCCCAAAGGAAACUUCCCUUCACCUGCUCUGGAACCUCAGACAACCGUCAUCCAUAAUCCAGUGGACAGGACGAAGGAAUCAUCAGACAGCAGCAACACCACUGUGGAGGAUGAAGAUGUGAAAGCACGCAAGCAAGAAAUUAUCAAGAUCACCGAGCAGCUGAUAGAGGCAAUCAACAAUGGAGACUUCGAGGCAUACGCGAAGAUCUGCGACCCUGGACUGACUUCGUUUGAGCCAGAGGCGCUGGGCAACCUGGUAGAGGGGAUGGAUUUCCACAGAUUCUACUUUGAGAACCUUUUGGCUAAGAACAGCAAGCCCAUCCACACCACCAUCCUGAACCCCCACGUCCACCUGAUCGGCGAGGACGCGGCCUGCAUCGCCUACAUCCGUCUGACUCAGUUUGUGGACAACCAGGGUCGGCCGCGGUCCUGCCAGUCGGAGGAAACGCGUGUCUGGCAUCGCAGAGACAGCAAGUGGCAGAACAUCCACUUCCACUGCUCAGGCGCACCGGCUGCGCCACUCCAGUGAGGGUUGAAUGCUAUAACUUUGUCUGUCAGGAGUGCUCUGCUGGAGAGAGAGAGAGAGGAGGAGGAGGAGGAGGAGGAGGAAGGGAUGAAAGAACAUGUCCAGGGUUGGUUUAAGGGACAACAACAGACAGACCCUCCCACACUGGACGCUCGGCUCAACCCCCAGCAUGCAUCUCUUCUUUUACUACUACUACUGUCUGUCUCCUGCAGCUCGACAUCCUUCCUCUUCUUCCCUCCGGCACAUUGGGUGAUUGGCGAAGGGGUUGGGGUCGUUUUCAGCACUCGGUGUGAUUCCUUCUUCCCGUGGUCCCUUCCUCCCUUACCCACAAUUUUUGUGACACCAAUCCUCUUGUCCUCCUGUGAAUCCACACUUGUGUGACAUAAACACUGCACUGGAAAUACAGUAUGUAAAGUUUUAAGUAAAAUAUAUUAUCAUUACUCUAUUAUUAUUAUUAUAAUUAUCAUUACACAUUUGCAAUUGUAUAUGUA